AUGGCGUCGUGGUUGCAUCUCACUUCGGAUUCAGGUGGUUGGUGUCUCGAGGAUAGUGGAAGGUUGCGCCAGGCUGUGCAGUCGAUGAAGCACCCUACAGCUCAAUAUCCAUUGAUAGUAUAUUUGCUAGGAGGCCCAUGCAAAAGACAGGCUCUCCGUGUUCUUCUCCCGUACAACAACACCGCUAGACAAGGGUCAUGGGGAAUCUCAAAUCUUCAUCUCCGUAAUAGUAACAUAGAAACUGCAUAUCCAGAGAUCUUCAUUGACGGGAUCCUCGAGGCUAACACGCGGCGUCCCUGUCGGACAUCUAAACGCAAUGACCCGACACUUGUCCGCCAAUAUCGCAUCCAUCGUAUGCAGUAUCAAUCGUACGCUCAUGUCCGAGAUCACAUUUUUCAUCAAUGUAUACUCCCAUUCAUCCAAGUGCUGUGUAUCUUUGCCGAUGAACUGCAGGAGCCGGAAGUUUUGGAAAAGUCGCUGUCAGAUUUGGCGUCGACAGCCUGUCGCAAUGAAGCUGCAGCUCAGCCUCACCUGUUAGUUGUCUUGACGGAUCCCAACAACACAUCCCAGAAAGAUGAGGUCGUAACGAAAUCCCCAACCUUCGACAAAAUUCGGCGAUCACAAUUGAGAUGGGCAGUAGUGGAUUUACGGGACCGCGUGGAGCUCUCUGCGGUGGCUCGGUUUGAGCCACUGCGGUUGAAAAUGCGGCAGGAGCUUGAGACGGCAAGAAUAGUUAGUGAAGACAGACGACUCCUAUUCUGCGCCACCCAUCUCGAGGCGCUGAUGCAAAAAGCAGUCAAGCACGCGGCCCAAGGUUCGCGCCAGAAGUUCGACAUCAUCGCUGCAGCGAGAGCAAAUAAUCCAGUUCCCCAAGGCAUUGAAUAUCAUUUGACGAACUUUCUCCGCCUUGCCACACAACACGGGCUACCUCGGACGGAUAUCGUGACACUGGUAGCCUCGGCGUUGGCAGUUGAUGCGUAUCCGCCCAAUAUGCACGCAUUCGAUCCAAGAACGAUCUUCCGUCGACUUUAUGCUCGCCACUGCCACGCAGUCUGGAGGGCGAAUUCUCAGGCAAUGGAGGAGUGCGAGACCGUAGAAAGCUUCUUUGCAUCAUUUGCCAGUCGGAUCACUCGGUUUCAUCGACCGGUUGACCUUCGAAGGCGCAUUCUCGGAUAUAACCUGGGAACGUGGGCGCCGCUAAAAACCAACCUUACAUGCCUGUAUUGCCUCCUUCGAGGAACGUGCGAGGUGUUACCAUGCGGACACGCGAUCUGCGAUGUCUGCAUUCGUCGAUUUGCGGCUCCAGGGGCGGGGGAAUAUCUCUUCCGCUUGGAAACAUGUGACCUGUGCCAGUCAACCUUCACCUAUACGGUCAGGCAAGUGCCUCCCACCCAACGUCCGAACAUCCUGGUGCUCGACGGCGGGGGCGUCCGAGGUAUCGUGACCCUGGGAUAUCUCCGAGAGUUGGCAAGUUUGAGAAAUUGGUUUCAGCUGGUUGUUGGGACAAGCGUCGGCGGCCUGAUCGCCAUCUAUGAGUAUAUCGAGAACUAUUCCCCGGAGCAAGCACUGGAAGCCUUCGUGCCUUUCGCCCGUCUGAUCUUUCCACGCAAACAGCGGCUCCCAGGGCCGAUCGAUUUCUUUGGCAAUCUAGCGCGCAACCUACUCUCAGACGGUAGCUAUAACUCUGAGACUUUGGAUAGUAUCCUGGCAGAAGCAUUUGGAGAUCAGAGGAGACUCUACGAGGCAUCCAGGCACUCCCAGGGUGGUUGCCGCGUCGCCAUCACAGCUAGCCAGGUUGAGAAAAACGGUGAGCUGUGUUUGUUUACUAACUAUCGCGGUCCGGAACGACCGGAGGGGCUGACUUCAUACGAUGUAAUGGCUCCGGCGAAUGUGGAUGACGAGCCCUUCCUAUGGCAGGUGGCCCGGUGUGCUGUGGCAGCACUUGGAUACUUCCAAACAAAGCGGCUUGCCGGUUUAGGAACAUUUCAAGAUGGAGGAAUCUGUGCCAACUGCCCGGUGAGAGUUGCCCUUCGUGAGAGUUCACUCCUGUGGCCACAUUCCAAGCGGCCGAACGUAGUGGUCAGUAUCGGAACGGGUUACCUCGACAGGAAGGAGGAGGAGAAUGUGUCUAUCGCUCAUCAUCUGCCCCGUGUCGUCUCCGACAUCUUAUCGCAAGGUUAUAUCAAGAGAGCAAAAGACGCUUUCCUGAAUUCGGCAGCAGUCGACGGCACUCACGGAUGGAAAGAGGCGCGAGAUAGCAUUCCGGACGACCUGAGGAACGACGUAUUCCGUCUCGACGUUGCGCUCCCACAACUCCCGGAGCUCGAUGACGCGGGUAGCAUCGAUGGACUCGCGUCUCUUUCCUAUGAGAUUCCAAAAAGUCUGAUCCACAGUCUACUAUCAACAUCCUUCUUUUUCGAGCUAGACACUAAGCCUCUGUUCAGCAGGCAGUCUAUUCGCUGUGAAGGGUCGAUCUUGUGUAGUAGAGACAGCUCUCGUCAGGUAUUAACACGGAUAGAGAGUGAGAUCCCGGGUGCAGUAUUCAUGACUGACCUUGGCGAGAAUCUGGGAAUGGUGCAGGUGCACGACGGCUGUGAGAAGUGCGGAUACUACAGAAAGCGCGUGACAUUCGGCAGGCAGAAUUCGGUCGUCCAGAUCAUUGUCUUGACCGGUGGCCUCCUCUGCGCCAAUGUUAUUGUGCGAGGAGGGGGAAACGAUGUAGAGUAG